ACCGGAGUUGGACGUCUUCAAGCACGAGCUGUUGAGGAAAAAUGACAGAAGCGAUGUCAAGUAAACAAGAUCUGUUUACAUGUUCUAUUUGCUUGGAUCUUCUGAAGGAUCCAGUGACUCUCAACUGUGGACACAAUUACUGUUCGGGCUGCAUCAACGGCUGUUGGGAUCAGGAAGAUCAGAAGGGAGUCUACAGCUGUCCCCAGUGUAGACAGACAUUCAUUGCGAGACCAGUUCUGAACAAAAACAAUGUUAUUGCCGAACUUGUGGAAGAAAUGAGGAGGUCUAGACCUACAAUUCAGUCUGAUGUCACCGCUGACCAUGGAGAUGUGGAGUGUGAUCUUUGCUCCGGGAGAAAACUCAAGGCUGUUAAGUCCUGUCUGGAUUGUGUGCUGUCAUAUUGUGAAACUCACUUUGAAGCUCACAAUGAGCUUCACCCACGCAGAAGUCACACAGUAAUCGACGCCACUGGUCAGCUACAGGAAAAGAUUUGCUCUCGUCAUAACAGGGCUCUUGAAGUCUUUUGUCGCACUGAUCGGCUUUGCAUAUGUUAUUUGUGCACGAUAGACCAACAUAAACGCCACGACAUCAUCGAACCCACUGAAGCAUGGCGUAAUGAAAAGGACAGGUUGGGGCGGAGCCAGUUGAAAUGCCAGCAGAAAAUCCAGAAGAGAGAGGAGGAGGUUCAGGAGCUGAGGAGAGCAGUUGAUACUCUGAAGAGCUCAGCACAGUCUGCAGUGGAACACAGUGACCAGAUGUUUGAUGACAUCAUUCGCUCUGUUGAGAGAAGGCGCUCUGAGGUGACAGAGCUGAUCAGAGCUCAGGAGAAGGCUGAGGUGAGUCGGGCUGAAGAACUUCUUCAACAAGUGGAGCAGGAGAUCUCUGAGCUGAAGAAGAGAGUUGCUGAGAUGGAGCAGCUUUCAGACACACAAGAUCACAUCCAUUUCCUCAAGAAUGUAGCUUCUAUCGCUGGCAUUCCUGAAAGUACAGUUCCAACCAGCCUGAACUUCAACUCAAAUCCCUCCUUUGAGCCGGUGAAAACAUCCGUCUCUUCACUGAAGACGCAGCUGGAGGAGAUCUUCGACUUGAUCUUCAAGCAGGAAGUACUCACAGUAUCUGCAGCAGUGUCUGAAGUAGAGGCUGUUGUUUAUGAACCAGUGACCAGAGAGGACUUCUUGCAGUAUCACUGUCAUUUCACGCUGGAUCCAAACACUGCCAGUAGAGACCUCCAUCUGUCUGAGGAGAACAGGGUGACGAGGAGAGGUGGGGCCCCCCAGCCGUAUCCAGACCAUCCAGAGAGAUUUGAUAAAGGCGGUCGGGUAAUGUGUGGAGAGGGUGUGUCUGGGCGUUGCUACUGGGAAGUUGAGUGGAGUGGUGAGGAGAUUAAUAUAGCUGUGGCAUAUAAAUCCAUCGACAGGAAAGGAGCCCUACGUGAAUCCCACUUUGGAUUCAAUGAUAAGUCCUGGAGACUUUACAUUCACAGCAGAGGGGUAUGGUUCACUCACAACAGUAGAGAUGCUCUAUAUAGCACAGUGGCCAGCUCCAGAGUAGGAGUGUAUGUGGACCACAAAGUAGGUACUCUGGCCUUCUACAGCGUCUCUGACACGAUGAAACUCCUGCACAAAGCCCAGACCGCAUUCUCUGACACACUCUACCCUGGAUUUGGGUUACCAUACGGUUCAUCAGUGAAGCUCUUGUGAAUCACAUGCAUGAAGCACAUCUGGAUCCAUGUGUGUUAUUAUACGCACAUGACAUCACAUCUCAUCGCCUAACAUUAGGGCUGGCUGGCAUGGCAAAAUGAUACUUUGGAUGAUGAGAAAAACAAAAAUCUGUGUUGAUGGAUAUUGCGUUUUUGUUUUGUUUUGUUUUUUGUUUUUUUGUGAAUGACAUUAUGUCCCAGCAAUAGAUAGGAAGUUCAAAUCUAAAUUGUCUUUAGUUGAAUGAAAGUGUACAGUAUGUGUAUAGUUCACCUAUGCCGUGUCCACACAACAUUCAGUCAUACUCAAAAUGUACCUGGCGCACACACAUUAACACAGUAAUAUUGAGGAUCCAUCCACACACACACACACACACAUUGAAGACAGAAAGAAUAAAGAAUACAGUCUGCUGAAAGACUGGUGGGUGGUAAAACAUGAUGACAGUAACCCGAGGGAACUCUGAGCUCCAAAUUAGCCCAUUACAUUUCUUUUACAUUGUCUGUCAUCAGGUGGUUACUACUUUAAAGUCCUUGCACAUGACUUUUCAGUAAUUGAAACCUUUUUUCGAUAUGUAUAGCAAAUGUGUCUUUCCGUGUUGGCCUAAACCCCACAAGAGUAAUUACAGCAAGAUGUUUUGUUUUGCGUUGCACUACAUUUAAGCAGUUUUAAGAGAAGAAGAGAAGUUUCUGUUUGAGAAAAAAAUGCACUCACAUUUUGCAGACUGUUGACUUGUUUUGGUUUGGUUUGCUUUUUGUUUUUUAACCACAUACUGUAUCUGUGUCUUUUACCAUAUGCAGCUAAUAGACCUUUAUACACUUACAUUUAUUUACUGUUCCAACUUCAUUAUACUGUUACAUUUUGAUUUUUGGAAUCUUUAUCCACUGGUAAUAGUUUUUGAGGAAAAAAAUGGUAUUGUUUCAGUAUGGUUGAUUGAUGAGUGAAAUUAGAUUAGUUUACACUUCAGUACGAUGUCUGUUAUGUUAUCUGCAGGUGUAGUGGACCGUGGUUAAUAAAGUAAUUCAGUUUUACAUCCCA